ACAUUAACGUUCACCUACAACUACUCUUCACUUUCUGAAACCAAUAAAUUCAGGAUAAACUUCAACUCUCUCUCUCUCUUCCCUCCCUCUCUCUCUCUCUCUCUCCAUGUUCACCCUUUUCUGUUCAACGCAACCCUUCUCCUUCUUUUUCUUUUCCUAAUUGACUCGUGCCCACCACAGUUGAUGACCCAUCUCUGGAUCUUCUCGUAAGCUUCUAUCGAUUUUAUUUUUUUGCAUACCCUCUCCACUGUUCAACUAUCCGGUUCACGGGCCUGUGUUGUUUUGUGGCUCGGGUUGGUGAUGAUUUCACUACCCUUUUGAUCUGUGAUUGUAAAGUUUAUGUCUUUUCUUUCCAUGUUGGAAGUUUUCUCUUUUCUUAGCUUGCUGAAGUUGAAAAAUAGCAAGUUCCUUCAUCAAUUUAUCUAAUGUUUAUGUUUUUUCUUCUACCUUAAAUUUGCAUUUUUUUUUAUGAUUGGUUGGAGAGGGUUCUUUUUGAAUCACUAGUGAUGAUGAUGUUGCUUGUCUUUCAUGUUCGGUUCGUGGGUGGAUUUGAUCUGUGAAAUCAGGAUAGCUCUGAUCUAGUAGUUUCUUGUAUUGCUGUUGCUGGAUCUUAAUGGAAAAGAUCUCUAGUUUUGAAACUUUGGCUGGUUAAUGACUUUUGUACCUUUUGAAAGUGUGACAAGGCCUUUAAACGUUAGAGUUUGAUAGCUUGAACUUGUGCAUAGUGCUAGAGGGUGAAGUUUGAAACCUGGCUUUCUACUUUCAUCAUCGGAAGCUUGUAGGUUGGAUCCAUAAUUUUCUGUAACAUUUAGGCUAUCUUUGGGGCUAAUUUUCAGUGUGAAAUGAUGAUGAUUUUCGAUGAGAUGGAGCUUUGUGGUGAUUUGGAUAUGUUAUCUGCUCCUCUUGGGGAAGGGGAUAUUACCGCCCGGCAAACUGAGCCAGAGGCGAUAGUUGAGGAUGAUUAUAGUGAUGAAGAAACUGAUGUAGAUGAGCUUGAGAGGAAGAUGUGGAGGUAUAAAAUGCGUCUCAAGCGACGUAAGGAACAAAGUAAAUCUAAGGAAGGAAUUGAUGCAGUGAAGCAGAGACAGUCCCAAGAACAGGCAAGGAGGAAAAAAAUGUCAAGGGCUCAAGAUGGAAUCUUGAAGUAUAUGCUGAAGAUGAUGGAGGUUUGCAAGGCCCAGGGAUUCGUUUAUGGGAUCAUUCCUGAGAAGGGAAAGCCUGUGACUGGGGCAUCUGAUAACCUUCGUGAAUGGUGGAAGGAUAAAGUCAGGUUUGAUCGAAAUGGUCCAGCUGCUAUAGCCAAGUAUCAAGCUGAGAAUGCAAUCCCAGGGAAGAAUGAUGGAUGUAAUUCCAUCGGUCCAACACCACACACCUUGCAAGAGCUGCAGGACACAACCUUGGGUUCUCUGUUAUCAGCACUCAUGCAGCACUGUGAUCCUCCACAAAGGCGGUUUCCAUUGGAGAAGGGCAUUUCUCCACCAUGGUGGCCUACUGGGAAUGAAGACUGGUGGCCCCAAAUUGGUUUACCUAAAGAUCAAAGUCCUCCACCUUACAAGAAACCUCAUGACCUGAAAAAGGCAUGGAAAGUUGGUGUUCUGACUGCAGUAAUCAAGCACAUGUCUCCUGAUAUUACCAAAAUUCGCAAGCUUGUGAGGCAGUCCAAAUGCCUUCAAGAUAAAAUGACAGCAAAGGAAAGUGCAACCUGGCUUGCAAUCAUCAAUCAAGAGGAGGCGUUGGCACGAGAGCUCUACCCUGAUUAUUGUCCCCCAUUAGCCUCUGCGGGAGGUAGUGGAUCAAUGCUCAUCAAUGAUUGCAAUGAGUAUGAUGUUGAAGGGAGAGACGAUGAGCCAAACUUUGAUGUGGAAGACCGGAAACAUGAAAAUCUUCAUUCAUCCAAUUUUGGUAUGGAGAGAAUGAGAGGACGAAUGCCGGUUCAGCAGCCUUCUUUCCCAAACAAGGGAGAGGCUGUUACCAAUUUGGAUUUUAUUCGUAAGAGGAAGAUCUCUAGUGACUUCAACAUGAUGAUGGAUCAGAAAAUUUACACAUGUGAACAUCCUCAGUGCCCAUACAGUGAAGUUCGCCUCGCUUUCCCUGACAGAAAUUCUAGGGACAACCAUCAAUUGAAUUGUCCAUAUAGAGGCACUUCAGAUUAUGGUGGUCCAAAUUUUCAUGUUAAUGAGGUAAAACCAGUCAUAUUCCCCCAGUCCUUUGUUCAACCUAAAUCUACUGCUCAGUCUGUUAACUUGGUUCCACCUACAAUUGAUCUAACCGGACUUGGAGUUCCAGAAGAUGGCCAGAAAAUGAUCAAUGACCUUAUGACUGUCUAUGAUACAAAUGUGCAAGGCAACAAGAACAUAAGUUCCAAUAACCAUUUAGCUGCAGAAAAUCCAAACCUUCCUCAGCCAGGAAUUCAGCAGCAACAUGACAACUUCUUUCGCGGUCAAGGAAUCACCAUGGAAGGAAACUUCUUUCAAGAAGCGAACAUGUCCAAUAAUCAUCACAUGUUUGCUAGAGAGGAAGGUCAAUUUGACCGGUUCAAAGCUUUGAAUUCACCCUUUGAGACCAAUCACACCACCGCCACCAAUAACAAUAACUUCCAUUUAAUUUUUGGGUCCCCUUGUGAUUUGGCACCCUUUGAUUUUAAGGAGGAUAUGCAAGGUGUAGGGAUGGAUGCUCUUCAGAAGCAGCCAGAUAUUUCAAUAUGGUACCAGUGAAAAUGACAAGUGGAAUCUGUGAACUCAUCAUCCACAAUGGACUCUUGUUUUCUUUCAAAAAGAGUUGGCACUUGGCACCCUUGAUCAUGUGAAGUUCAUCCAGCCAAAAUGGUUUUUCUGUAAUUUUCUUCACAUGCCAUCCUGUAGGUCUAGAAGUCUAGAACUAAAUAUUUUAUGCUUGGCAGGUCUGGUAUGGGUUAAUAAUAUAUAUAAUAAAAAACUUGUAUGUUCCCAUUAUGUAGCCCUGUGAUUGUGUGAUUUUAUCAGUGUAACCUUGUUAGUUAAUAUUAUUACAUGUAAGAAUGUGAUAUAAAUAAGAUUUGAACUCUCUUCUGAAUUUUUGCCACUCCAUAUGAUCAAGAAACUAAUAACAUGUUUAGAUUUAUGGAUAAUACAAAUUUUAUUAAUGUGGUU